AUGGGAGGAACAAUCUCGAAAAGCACUCAAACUUAUCCGCCGUCGCGUCAAGUUGUCACCUCUUACGGGCCAAUUGAGGGUCGGCGCUUGAUUCACGAAGGCGACAAGCAGGUAGCAAUUUUUUAGGCCCAAAAGUUAAUUUUAUUAGUUUAUUUACAGGUCGACGCUUUUCAAGGAAUCCCCUAUGCCGCUCCGCCAGUGGGAAAAUUGCGAUUUGCGGUUAGUCAUGUCAAUUUUAAACAUUUCGAAAUUUGACAUCGUUUUUGGGGGGUCACGUGUCCUGAAUUUUUGAGCUUCUAGCUAGUGAAUCAGCAGAGAGAUCUGACCAAAGUUUGCUACAAAGUAGGUCAAAGUAUCGUCAUCUUUCCAGAUGCCUCAACCGCACGAAAAAUGGACAAAAGUUCUCGAAACCAAAGCGUUCGGCGCACGUGGCAUACAAAAGGACAGCUUGUUCUUGCCCAAGGUUUAAAAUAUUUUUUAAAAAGCACUUUUUAAUUCAACUUUCCAGUCGGCGCCACAAUCGGAAGACAAUCUGACUCUCAACAUUUUCACGCCGGUUUGGACGCCGAAAAACGAUCAGGGAUUCGCGGUGCUUUUGUACAUUCACGGCGGCGGCUUUGUGAGCGAUAGCGCGCACAAGUACGGCGAUUUGAGCGUCAGCCAGCAUCUGGUGACCAAGGACGUCGUGGUCGUGACAAUUCAAUAUCGGCUGGGAUUCUUGGGCUUUUGGACGACCGGAGACGGCUCGAUUCCGGACAAUUUGGCGUUCCAUGACAUGACGUUCGCGUUGAAAUGGGUCAAAGAGAACAUUGCGGCGUUCAACGGGAAUCCCAAUAACAUCACUUUGAUGGGACAAUCGGCCGGCGGCGCUUCUGUCGAUUUUUUGAGCAUUUCUCCUAUUUCCAGAGGUUGGUCUCUGAAAAAACAAUUUUUAGAUCAACAAAAAACUAUCAACAAUUUCCAGACCUGUUCCAUAAAGUGAUUCCGAUGGCCGGAAACGCGAGCUGCAACUGGGCCAUCCACACGCGGCCACUCAAUUCUUGUAGAAAUCGUGCUCAAGAAAUCGGCGUCACCGAUGGAACGAACACUUUGGAUUGGGUGGAGAAACUCAGAGAAGUGCCUGCGGACAAGUUCGCCGCCGCGCUGGAUGUUAGUGGGAUUUCAAAGGGAAAGUUGGGACUUUACCAGUUUUCAGACGGGAAGUGUGGAUUCCAAAGAAGAACCGGAGCUUCUGAUCGGUCCCAAAUACGAUACGGUCUUUCUGCCGAAACCAAUCAUGGAACUGCGGCAGGAGGCGCCGAUGAAGCCGAGAUUGGUGGGAUGUGCGAGGUCCGAGGGCCUGAUCAUGUGUCGUAAGUUUGACAUUUCAGGUCAAUUCUACAGUCGUUUUGUUGUAGUGUUCGGCACGAAAUCCAAGCACCCGCUGCACAUUUGUCAAGACGACGUCUCCGCAAUUCUGUCCGAACGCCUUUUUCCGCUAAAAGCUCGGGAAUAUCAGGAAAAGGCAAUGGAGAAGUUGAUUGACGUGGAGAAAGAGCACUCGAAAGAUCAGUGGCAAAGAGCCAUUUGUGAGCUCAAAGGAGACUCCUUUUUGAAUGUGGGCGUCCAGCAGAAUGUUCUGGACGUGCUCGAGACUCAACCCUCUACACCCGUUUACUUUUAUUCCUUCGACUAUUUCAAUCCGAAGGCCUACGGAAUUCUGGGAUGGAAGAUGCCGUUCAAAGGUAAGCGCGGACUAGAAAGCACAAAGUGUGUGUCAAGCGGAUUAUUUUCCGUCGAGAUUGUACAAAAACAUUAUCAAACAACUAACGUUUCAAACAAUUUUAUUCAGCAGGAAGUAAAAUUUCCCGAUGCUUAUGAUUUUUGACUUGCCAAACAAAAAAUAAAAUUCCAGACGCGACACACUGCACUGAUAUCAGUUAUGUGGUCGGAAAUCACAUUGUGAUGUCGCUCGAAUUCAACGAGACCGACUACAAAGUGAUUGAUAUCACUACGCGAUUGUGGACUAAUUUCGCCAAAUAUGGGUGUGCUCAUGGCCACAAGUCACAAUUGAGUCAAACAAUUGUGUUUUUAGGGAUCCGAAUGGAGUGGGUGAUGACGAGGCGAAGUUGGAGCAGAAAUGGGAGCCGGCCACGUUGGAGAACCCGCAAACGCAUCUUUCUUUGUCUCCGGAGCCGAAACUACAGCAGGAGUAUAAGGUUUGUUCAUUUUUUUUUUGAUUGCAAUUGUAGCUGACAACUUUUUUCUAUGACCACCACCUAGAGUACUGUAGCUCUUGCAAGUAAGCCUGAUGUCAUCUUCCUUUAACUCACAAAACCUACAUUAUUCCAGAGAGUGGUCAUAGAAAAAAGUAGUCAACUACAAAAAUUAUGUACUAGAAAUUGAGAUUUCACACAAAAAAUGUUAAGGCUCCAAGAGUGUCUCUGAAAUUUAAACUUUUUGUUAAAAGUUCGUACAUGUUCAACUCUUAAUGAUAAUUUUACAGAACGGUCGCCCGUUGUUCAUGGCGCAACUGGUUCGAAAAGCGAGACAAGUGCCAAAAUUCUAA